CGGCCGGACCAUGUCGGACAUCCUCUGUCGUUGGCUCAACCAGGAGCUGCAGCUGUCCCGGGCUGUGGAUUCAAAGUCAUUUGAAAAGGACUUUUCCACGGGCUAUCUAAUUGGAGAAGUUCUGAAUAAAUAUGGCCUUCAGGAAGACUUUAAACAGUUUUCAGAAAGCAGGGUUACACAUUCAAAACUGAAUAAUUUUACUCGCUUGGAACCCACACUUCAACUCUUGGGCGUGCAGUUUGAUGAGAAUGUGGCCCAAAACAUCAUGACAGAAAAACACGGGUCGGCCACCAAGCUCCUUUACCAAAUGUACAUUGCGCUCCAAAAAAAGAAAAAAUCUGGGCUAACGGGGGUAGCUAUGCAAACAAUGAGACCUGCGGGACCUGCCAAACUCCAAGGCAUUAGAAGUGAGUUGUAUCGAGAGCGACUUAAAAACUUGAUGCCUCGCGAGACUGAUUUGAGUCUGAAGCAGGUUUCAGUAGAGUUUGAACAGAAAUGUAAACACAUGGAAGAAAAAGUUACUCGCAUGCAUUUUGAAAAACUCCAAAAAAUGCAAAAAAUAAAGGAGGAACAAAGAGUUCAAGAUAUUGAAAAGCAUCGCACAGGCAGAAGAAGACAAAAUGAAAUAAUGGCCAGAAUUCAAGCAGCUAUUAUCCAGAUCCCCAAACAGUCACCCAACUGUAACCCAAAAGCCGUUGAAACCCAAAAAAUGUUGAAAAAGAAAAAAGAGGCAGAGGAUGUGUCCAAUGAGAUCAAGAAAUUUGAAGCUUUAUUAAAAAAAGAUAAUAAGGCUAAAUACAGUGGUUCAAAAACAGUAUUAGAUGCUCCAGGCCAGGUGUCUGCUGCUGAACUGUUAAACACUUAUUCAGAUGAUGAGUAUAUAAGAAAAAUUCAAAAACGUCUGGAGGAGGACACUUUGGCACGAGAACGAAGGGAGAAGAGACGUCGAAAAUUGCUACUGGAACAGUUAAUGGCCCAUGAAGCACAGGAGGAAGCUUACAGAGAGGAACAGCUUAUUAACCGACUAAUGAGGCAAUCCCAGCAGGAGCGCAGAAUAGCUGUCCAGCUCAUGCAUGUUCGGCAUGAAAAAGAAGUUCUAUGGCAAAACAGAAUUUUCAGAGAAAAACAAUAUGAAGAAAGACGACUGAAAGAUUUUCAGGAUGCCCUUGACCGAGAAGCGGCUCUUGCUAAACAAGCAAAAAUUGAUUAUGAAGAACAAGCCCUGAAAGAAAUGGAACUUCAUGAAAAACUGUUUGCUGAACGAGCUCAGUCUCGUUAUAAAAAACAUUAUUCGAUAUGUGGGGAAAUACUGGCUCACAUUAUUGAUUUAUCAACUAAAAUAGGAGAAUACCGUAUGUUGACAAACAAUUUAAUUCCACCUAAAUUGAUGCGGGAUUGGAAGGAAUUAUUUUUUAAUGGGAAACCAAUAUAUCAACAAGCAACUUUUGACUCUUUGCCAGCUAAGCCCACUGCAGAGCAACUAACAGAACUGGAUAAAAUGGCUUUGCUAGAUGAGAAAGAUUAUAAUGAAUAUAAGACCAUGAUAGAGGACUGGAGUGUGCCUGAAGAGUUGAAUGUAAACUUACCUUCCUCCAACAAUAACAUACUGGGCCACGUGCUUCACAGACUUAUGCACGAUGCUUCCACUCCAACGUCGGAAUAUUCUUCACCACCAUUUCCCCCAUUUGCUAUCAAGGGAUGCAUCCUGGGAAAAAUGCUUAGUGGUAAAACCGUGUGUUCAAAGUAUUUGGAAGAAGCCUUUCAGAUUCAGAUACUUUCGGUCGACACACUGGUGCAAGAAGCUAUCCAGGCUUUCCAUAAUAAUGAAAUGACAAGUGUAAAUUCCUUGAUUCCCCCAGAAGCAGAGGAUUCUGAAAAAGAAAUCAAGGUCAUAAAGAGCAAGCCUUCAUUGUCAAAGACAGCAGGUACUGAGCUUAGUAAAAAAAAAACAUCUCAACAUCAGGAAGUGAAUUCAAGCACGAGUGAAGAUAAACUAGCCAAUUUAACUUCACGCGCUCUUCUUGGUGCAAAUUCAGAAAAACUGCUGAAGCUGGGAAAAAGUAUUCCCGAUGAACUGUUAGUUGACAUCCUGGUGAACGCCAUCAAUCAAGUUCAACCAGAAAAAGGAUGGAUCAUGGAUGGUUUUCCAAUGACAGUAUAUCAAGCAAAACUACUUGAGAAAGCUCUUACGGGGUCUGAUCCAGAUAAAAAAGGACACGAGAGCACGGAGUUCAAAAAAUCUUCAUUGGCUAUCGAUCCCACUGCACCAAAAGAAGCACCUUUACCUCCGCCUGCAUUUGAUUUUGUUAUGUUACUAGAUAUUUCAGAUACCAUCAUACUAAAUCGCAUGAAAGACCUGAUGGAUGAAAUGGGAGAGGUGGAAAUGCUCCAAGAAAGUACUAAGGAAAAUGCAGAUGUUCAAGUCAAAGAAAGAAGGGAAGUACUGAAGGAUCAAAUACAACACAGAAUUUCAGGUUUCAUGGAUACUUGGCCUAGUUUGGAAAAAUGGUUUUCAGAUCGGCAAAAUAUUCUAAUAAAAAUUAAUGCCGAGAUAGAUAAAGAGUCACUGUGCCAUAAAGUGAAAGAAACAUUUAUGGCUGAAAUGCUGAAAAAACAGAGGAAAGGUAAAAGGAAAGCAGAAAAAAAGGAAUCAGAAAAAAAGGAAGAAGUUCCCAUCAUAGAACUCCCAGUUGGCCCUGAAGUAGAAAAAAAGAAGGAAGUUCCACCACUUAAAGAGCCUCCAAAAAAGAAAGCUGCCAAAGGGAAGCCAUCCAAAGAGGUACCCACUAAUGCAGGACCCAGUAAAGAUAAGAAAGGAAAGAAAACUGACACUUCACCCAAAGGAAAAGGUACUCUCCAAGUCAAAUCGCCGAAAAAGUCACCCACUCCCUCGGAAGCGAUACCAUCCCCUGUGCCCUUACCACCACCGCCAGUGAAGCCAGGGUCAGAGGAAUGGGUCUACGUGGAUGCACCUCUUCCUGAGGAAGUGCCUGCGUAUUUAGUACCUUAUUGGGAAGACGUAGAGAGGACAUACGUAAACACCAUCAAAAUGAUCCUCAGACAGCUAAGAGAUGAGCAAUACUCUAUUAUUUAUUACCUCUCCGACAUUAGAAGAAAUUUCCAGAAAUUCCUGAAGCGUCCAGACCACAAGCAGGAGUUUAUAUCUCAGUGGCAAUCUGACUAUAACUCCCUUCCUGAUGAUAUUUGGGAGGAUGAGGAAACCAAAGCUGAGCUCCACCAAAGAGUUAAUGAUCUGAGAGAUCGCCUUUGGGAUAUCUGCGAUACCCGGAAAGAAGAAGCCGAACAAGAACGCAAUGAUAUCAUUAAUGAGAGCUGGUUACAGGAUCAUAUUGGAAUUCUAAUAAACCAUUUCUUCUCACUGAUGCAGGUGGAAGUAGAUCGCUUCCAAGAUACAAAGAGACUGCUUCAAGACUACUACAAGGGAAUGGAAGGCAAAAUCCCAUCAGAAGAGAGUAAGAAAUUUACUCGCGUUCCAUUGCUAGAUCUUUUUGGAGGAGAAAAGUCGGGGAAAUCAAAAAGGAUCCCUCUAGUGGCACGCAGAGAUGCUUCUCCAGAAGGAAACGCAUCCAAACUAAAAAGCAAACCCCUGAAAGGCAAGGAAGAACAUUCGUUUGAAAACCUGGUGUUGAACUACGAGGCGGAUGAGAAGACCAUAAUAGAAACUUGGCAAAAUGCAGUUGCAGCAAUAUCCAGUAUGGUGGCUGCUGAGAUCCAGCUGAGGGACAUAGAGGAUGAAAAGGAAAACCAGCAAACUGAAUCCAAAGAAAAAUCCCCUCAGGCUGGGGGAGCUAAAAGUCCGGGGAAGGAUUCCAAGAAAAAGACUCAUGCAUCCAACAAAAAGAAAGGUUCACCAGCACCUGCGGUUGAGGUCUCCCCUGUACUUCUAACUCCAGAGGAAAUAGCAGAGCAAUUGAAAAAGCGAGAUUUCAAAUUUAAGUUAAAGCAGGAGCAUCUCACAGCCCUUCAGGUCGAAGAGGAAACUACAAAAUUUCGCCUUGAGCUGAUAAAGAUAAAAACAAUAGCAUGUCUUGAGGAACUGAUAGCAAAAUCAGAAGAUACUUACAGAGAUAUGGAGAAGUGGCUUGGAGCCCAAUAUUUGGCUGAAAUGUCUAGUAUCAAAAAAUUAACUGAAGUUGCUCACCAUCAUAUUGAAACCUCUAUAAAUAUUCAACCUGAAUUCAUCUUAAAUGAAGCUGGCUUCUUCAUUAGUAAAGAUGUGAAAGUCAUCCCAGAUCCAAGUCCUCCUCCCCGCCCUCCACCUGUAGAGAAAGAGGUCGAUGGAAAGCUAACCAUAUCUCAGCUCAACACUCUUCAAAAGCAGUUUAUACAGGUGGCACCUAAAGGUCUCAUAGUAAGUAAAACAUUCACUGACCUUCUGUUGGACCUGGUGACUUUGAAUCUUGGAUCAAACAACCUUCCUGAUGCUUGGCUACACUUCACCAUGCAUGAACUACAAGGGAUAUCAUCCAUGUUAGCAGCAAGCUCAGAGGCUGUAAACUGGCGUAAGUUCUUGUUAGUAGCUGCCCAACCUUGGCCAUUACCCACUGAGAUGGAGCUCCUCAACACACUGCAAAGAUUCAGGAUUAUUGACAAAACUGCUUCCGGCAUGGUUUCCCAGGAGCAGUAUAAUCAGGUUGGACUGUGGUUUAAAGGCCAGGAAGACCUAAAAAUCCCUGAAGAUCCAACAGAACCUCUACCAUUUAACAGACUGGAGCACCUGAUUACGUUUUUCUUUACUCUGUUUGCCAAUACCCAAAAAAUCCCCCCAGAACUGGACUAUAUGCAGAUGCUUCUUUAUUUCGCAUGUCACCCUGAUGCAACAGAAGGUAUCUAUAGAGCCCUGAGUAUUGCUACUGGAACGCACAUCUUUCGAAAGAAAGAAGAGAGUCCUUCAAUUUCUGAAAAAUACACGACUCUUUCCUCCACGGAUCAACUGGCAAAUGAGAAUUAUUCCGAAACAGAAGAAAUUCCAGAAGGUGCCAACGAGGAGAAAAUUCCCAUUGCCACGUUACUAAGAGUGUUCCAACAUGGAGGAAAUGAAGUAGAAGACAACCACAGAUUUAGUGAUCUGCAAAAAGCAGAGGGCAGCUAUGAAGAGCGCUUCACUAAAGUAUACAAGGAAUUAGGCGCUGACAACCUGGAACCAAUCUCAGCUGCAGUUCUUUUGAAGCAUCCUUUCAUUCACGACUUGAUUUCUAGCACUCAGAAAUAUAAACUUCCUGAUAUUAAAGCGAUCCUUCAGAGAGUUGAACAAAAUCAAGUAAAUGAAGGGGAAAACUCCAGCUUCAAGAAUUAAUGAAGAAAAGAAGUGCAACAAAGAAAAGCUAUUUUGUAAACAGAGGAAAUGAAUCAUCGGAAGAUUUCCUACUAAUGUCAUAUAUGGCAUUAUUUUACACUGAAACAUGACCCUUCACUGGCUUAUGUAACAUUUAGAAAAGAGAUCUUUAUACACUUUAAGGCCUGUAUGUAACUUGAAUUAAAGGGAGAUGAUGACAGGGAGCUUUAAAAUAAAAUGAAUCUGAUUUUGAACUUGUCUUUAAAUAGAUCCAGGAAGUCACAAUAACUUAUAUAUACUUACAGACAGAAACUAUUCUUGAAUGUGCACUAAGAUUCUAUCUACGAUAGUAGUAUAAUUGUAGCACAUGCACUACAAUUCACAAUCUUGCACCCAAUAUAGCUUUUUUUUUUUCCUUUUGGUGGACUUGAUUACAGUAGCCCAGUGAAAACAGCCUUCUUCAAAUGCUAAUUGAGCACACCCAAGACAUUCACUUACAAUGCAUAAUUGAUCCUUAAUUUGUUUACUUUACAUAUUAGAGUGGGUGUGCAAUGUAUGCUAAGUUUCCAGAUAAUAAAGCAA